AUGUGGAGGGGUCUGAAGAAGAGGAGGAGAAAGACAGAGGAAGGUCCACAGGAGUAUGAGAAGCAGGACAUAAAUUGUAGGAGAGUCAUGGGAGAGACGAGCAAAAUUAAAGCAGCAGAGAAUGAAGGAGAAGGCCAAAGUUCAAAAAACAUCAGCUCAUCCCCAAGCAUAGAAAGCUUGCCUGGAGGACGUGAAUUUACAGGAUCUCCACCUUUGUCUGCAUCAAAAAAGGAUUCCUUUUUCAGUACGAUCUCCCGCUCCCGUUCCCAAAGCAAAACUAUGAGCAGAAAAGAAUCGGGCAGUGCCAUAGGGCAGUGCCAGCAGGUGGACUUGUGCGGGCAUCAGGAGGAGGAAUUGGAGGCCCAGAUCUCAUUCCUACAAGGACAACUGAAUGACUUGGAAGCCAUGUGCAAAUAUUGCGCGAAGAUGAUGAACACACAUCUUGGAAAUAUUCAGGAGGUCAUAUUACAAGAGCACUUGGAAAAAGAAGAUGAAAUUCUGGUUUCCUUGGCUGGUUUGAAGCAGAUCAAGGAUAUCCUGAAAGGUUCCCUCCGUUUCAACCAGAGCCAGCUGGAAGCUGAAGAAAAUGAGCAAAUCACAAUAGCCGAUGAUCAUUACUGUUCCAACAGUCAGAACAACAAGGGGACUGGGGAUGUCCUAAAGGGACCUGUUAUGACAAAGCAACAGUUCAUCUCAGGACGACCGGCUACGACUGAUUUGAGCACUAGUGAGAGCAAGAGUGCAGAUGACUAUAUUAUGGUUUCCAAAGAAGAGGAAGGAAGUAGAAGAACUGUCCCAGAGCCAGCGCAGUCCCAUCAGUCACACAAGGAGGCAGCAGCGAAGCCAGAAGCUCCAUCUCGUUCUUCUUUGGUAUUCUCUGACCCACUGAUGGGCUCCAUUUCAGCCUCCUCCAGCAACCUGAGCUCCAGCCCUGAUGAUGACAGUAGCAAUAACAGCAAAGAUUCUGACUUUGCUAUUGUCAGCCCACUGGACAUCUAAAGAAACAGGUUGAGAGAGUUUGGGAGGUCAGUCAUUACACCUCAGCUCAAAUUCCUAUGAUUCCACGGGCUAGAUAGUUCUUUGG